CUGAGAGACCCCGCCUGGUGGAAGACUCUCUUUAUUACCAUCAAAGUGUGGCCGAAGUCCCCGACUCAGUCGGAGCGGACCGGCCCACGCUAUAACUGGCGCCCGAACACGCUGACCCCUGCACGGAGUCAAGCGGAGAGCGUCUCCUCGACAGCUUCGACUCCGUGAGCCGGCUGCCCGAGGAAAUCAAGCGCCGUUCGGACGUGGUUCCACGGACGACGGUGCUUCGUUUUCGGAAGACCCCUCGCCUCGUGGGCUGCAGACACCCGGAGGAGCAGGAACAGCAGCUUCGCGGAAGCUCCCUCGCACUCCGGACCUGCAGCGCUUCCACCCCCCUUUGAGGCUAUCUUCUUUUCGACGGGCGUCCUUUGUGAAAAAGGAUGGCUGCCCACAAGUCACCAAUCCGGGAGAAACAUCAGGAAUCGCCCCACUGCACCCAGCUGGCCGUCGCCGUGGCCUUUGUCAUCCUGUGGCUACAAGCGGCGGACGGCUGGAUUGUUCAGCAGCCGAAAGAGAACGUGUGGGUCACGCUCGCCAAGUCCUUGCAGCAGGACAAUCUGUGUUUGGCCAUGGGCAGUGUGGACAAUCCCCUGUCCACAUGCCUGGUGGGGGUUCCCCUGGUUGCCGACGAUUGGCCAGUUUUCAACUCCGACCUACUCCGAACCACGGGUAAGAGACCCAACCCGGUUGACACUUGGGACGAGUGGACAAAAAUUCUAUCAAACAGUAAAGAGGAACCCCAGGAAUUGGACUUGCUGGGGUCCUCUCACGCAGAAUACUGCGUCAAAUUUUAUUAUAGAAGGCCAAGUCAGAAUUGGCAUGGACUUGACUUGGCCAAGAAUACAUACAGAAAAGAUGUAACACCUCUAAGCAAAAAAUAUAAUAGCCAAACCUGGUGCAAUUACACCAGCCAGGUGGUUUCGGUCUCGUCCACACGUCCUAAGGUGUUGCCCAAGGGGAUGUUUCUUAUCUGUGGAGACAGAGUAUGGUCAGGCAUUCCAUCUCGGCUCCAGGGAGGACCAUGUAGCCUUGGCAAGCUUGCGACUCUAACUCCAAAUAAAACCCAGAUUUUAGAAUGGAGGAAGGAAAAACAAUUGGCCCGCAAGAAACGUUCAUACGACCAAUUCGAUCCAAAUUGUGAUUCGCAGUUGUACAAUUGGGGCAAGACAAAGAGAAUCGCUGCGUCCAUAUUCCUUCCAUGGUACGCAGCAGCAAAAGCCCUUGGUGAGCUUUCUCACCUGGAGUGUUGGGUAAACAAGAAUGCCAAGGCUACGUCGGCCGCCCUCUCUGACCUCUUGGCGGACGAACAGACCACCAGGCACGCAACCCUACAAAACCGGGCUGCGAUAGACUUUCUCCUAUUAGCCCAUGGCCACAGCUGCGAGGACUUUGACGGGUUGUGCUGCUUCAACCUGUCAUCGAGAAGCAAAUCCAUUCAGGCCCACAUCCAACAGAUAAGAGAGCAAGUAAAGGAUUUAAAGACUGAGAACCCAUCGGCUGCUGACCCUAUAGACAAGACAUUCUCGCAGUGGGGCAUCCCCGGAUGGGCAGCCCCCAUCGUGAAAGGACUUAUUUGGAUUUUAGUUAUUAUUUUCCUUAUUUUCAUUGCUUUAGCCAUUUUUAAACAAUAUUUAGUUAAGACUUUCGGUUCCGCUUAUUUAGUUAAUAAAGACGGGGGAGAUGUGGGAGGGGGUGUGGCUGGUGACCUCCCUGCAUUGCCAUGGGAGGCCACAGAUGUGUAGUUUUCCCGCCUCCCAAGCUGUCUGUUAUCUGUUCUCCCUUCCCCCAGUUUAUGUCAAUCAUUUUGUUCCCCUUCCCUUUGUUCUGGAAAGUUCUAAGUUCUUUGUACCCCCAUUGGUUCCUCCCCCGUAACCACUCCUUCCCUCUAUCCCAGUUGGCCGUUGCCAUGUCACUCUCCGUUGACUCCGCCCUCAUACCCUCACCCGGUUGGAUGCUCUACCCCUUGACCCUCCUCCCCUGUAACUGUUAUAUACCCUGCCCCGCCCUGGUUCGGGGCUCUCAGAGCUGGCUCGCCCUCUGAGUGGUUGCUUCCCUUCACCCUCCCCGCCUUCCCUCGAUUAACCCUCGGAAUAAAGCCGCCUGAGAGA